AUGGAGGCAGACUUGAUCCUGUUGGAUCUAUCCGGACUUGACGUAAUCUUGGACAUGGAUUGGUUAGCAAGGAACCAUACUUCCGUAGAUUGUUAUAAUAAAGAAGUUACAUUUAGGAGGCCAGGUUUGCCUGAAGUGGUAUUUCGUGGAGAAGUUGGGAGGCCUUUGCCAAGAUUAAUAUCUACCCUCACCGCCAAGAAGCUACUAAAUAAGGGUUGCCAAGGGUAUUUAGCUCAUAUGAUAGAUACCCGAGUAAAUGGGGUCAGAUUGGAAGACAUACCCGUGGUGAGGGACUUUCCGGAUGUGUUUCCUGAGGAGUUACCGGGAUUACCUCCGGAAAAGGAAGUUGACUUUUCCAUUGAAUUAAUUCCAGGAGUACAAGCUGCUGACAGUAAAAUGUUCCACAUUAACCUAUUGGGGUGCAACAAUUUGAAGCUGGAGUCCCUCAAUAUCUCAGCACCAAAAGACAGUCCCAACACAGAUGGAAUCCAUAUUGGAUACUCAAAGAACAUUGAGAUUUCGAGUUCUACGAUAGGCACCGGAGAUGAUUGUGUUUCUCUUGGACAAGGCAGUAAAAACAUUAACAUUUUCGACAUAUCUUGUGGACCGGGCCAUGGAAUAAGUGUAGGUAGCCUCGGAAAUUACCCUGAUGAGAGAGAAGUGCUUAUUAGAUUGAGUGUAUGGAAUUGCACUUCGAAUGAAACACAAAAUGGGGUGAGAAUUAAGACAUGGCCUGAUAAUACUACUGAUGGGUUUGUUUCCAAUAUCGUCUUCGACGAUAUUUUUAUGAACAAUGUAGGAAAUCCCAUCAUCAUCGAUCAGAAAUACUGUCCCUAUUAUAAAUGCAGACCUGAGUUGGCUUCACACAUAAAUGUUAGCAAUUUGAGCUAUACAAACAUCCAUGGUACCUCAGCUUCAAAGGUUGCAGUUAGUCUAGUUUGUAGCAGUGAUUUUCCAUGUCAAAAUGUGAAGAUUGGUGAUAUAAACUAG